AUGGAAUCAGCUAUGAAAAAAGUGGUUAAAUUACCGCGUUUUCAAGAUGACACAGAUACAUUUCGCCUUUGUUACAAUAUCACAUCCAAACAAAAUUUUCCACCAAUUACGGCACAUUUUAAAGGCGCAGAUGUUAAGUUAGAUUCGAAGGGCGCCUUUUAUUCCCUAUACAAGGGGGUUGAAUGCUUUGCAUUUAUCCCGUAUAAAAACGGAUUAGGCCUCUUUGGAGACAUGGCACAAGUGAAUUAUUUGGUUGGUUAUGACCUCAAUAAAAAUAUUGUCUCUUUCAAAUCUAGUGAUUGUACUAACUAUUGA